AUGUAGCAGCGGAUUCUUGCGUUGCUGUGCGCGGUUCUUCUGCACGCGACGCACCUCGAGGGUUCCGACUUUGGAACCAGAUCUUUGCCGCUGAGGGAGGCCGUGGAGAGCAUCCCCGAUGUGACCGUGUCCAGCCGCAGGUUGCCGUUGAGGGAUUCGGUGGAGAAGAGGUUGUCGCCGGAUGAGGCGAUCGACGAGGAUUUGGACUUUGAGAGGUCGGCUAUUAAACCGAUCAAAUUGCAGAGCUACGACAACAAUUAUGGGAACGAGGGUUUCUACCAGCAGAACAGUCCGCUGCAACGAUUUCAGGCUGUGAUCACUGGGUACCAGGGGAUGCCGUACCGCAUCGACGAUGGCUUCCAGCAGGUCUUUCUGCAGCCGGGAUACCCGUUGAGGGCGUCGCGACUGCAGACCGGCAUUGCCGACAUCAAACCGAAGAAGGUGGUGUGCCACGUGCGCAGCUCCGCUUUCUACACGAAGGAACCACUCAACUUCAACGCUGACAACCUGGACGCUUCCCUCUGUACUCACGUGAUCUACUCGCAGGCCUCCCUGGAUCCUCACUAUUACACCGUCAUCCCGGCCGAUCGCGAUCACGACGUGGUGCAGGGCGGAUACCUAUCCGCAACCGGACUCCGCAGGGAGAAUGCAGACCUGAAGGUGCUCAUCUCGAUAGCAGGAAACCGCUUCACCAACUCGGCCAUCCUCUCGCAUCCCUGGCACCGCAGAAGCUUCAUCGCCAAUCUCAUCAAAUUCGUGGAAACGCACGGCUUCGACGGUGCGGAUCUCAGCUGGGGCUCGAUCGGCGACGAGGAGGACGACAAGCAGAACUUUGCCAACCUACUCGCCGAAAUCGCGGAGGUCUUCAGACCUAAAAACCUUCUUAUUUCGAUCACCGCGCCCGCUUCUCGCUACCGCAUCGACGAGGGAUACUUACCCAGGUUGAUCGCUCCGAGCAUCGAUUUCGUGAACGUGCAGACGUACGAUUUCCAUCUGGAGAAGGCGCCCAUCGCUGAUCACCAUUCACCCCUGAAGUCGAGACCCGAAGAUGUUGACCUGAAUCUGUACAACAAUGUGGAUUACGCUGUGAAAUACUGGCUGAAAGAGGGCUUACCUAGGGAUAAGUUGGUGCUGGGUGUACCGUUCUUUGGGAGGUCGUUCACUUUGCUAAACUCCAACUCCAGCGAGGUGGGAGCGAUGGUCAAGGGACCUGGUCGUGCCGGCUACUACACGGAAACGCUCGGAUUCCUCGCCUACUUUGAGAUCUGCGACAUGAUUUUGAAUGAAGGUUGGAAGAGGGAAACGGACGCCGUCGGCUCACCUUACCUGGUCAACGGUGAUCAAUGGGUCGGCUACGAUGACGUGGAGAGCAUCGCCAGAAAGAUGAAGUACGUGCGCGACAUGGAGCUCGGAGGAGCGCACCUGCAGGCCACCGAUAUGGACGAUUUCCGCGGUCUCUGCGGCGAAAAGUUUCCACUUCUCAACGCCGUCAAAUCGGCUUUGGUUGAUGAUCUGCAAGAUGCGACGGAGACGGCUCCAAUGAAACCGUACGGCACCUGCCAUUCGGACGGUCUGUACAGCGAUAGAAGAGAUUGCGCCGCGUACUUUGUCUGCAAAGCCGGAUUUUCCUAUCACCUCUCGUGCGGCGAAGGUUUGAUGUUCGAUGCGGCCACCGGCAAUUGCGAUUAUCUGAACCCCAGCUACUGCAGACCUGGAGAAACCGUGCACAUACCGAAUGCGAUAAAGGAUUUGGACUUUAUCCUGCGUAACGAGGGAGUGCGCGACGGUAGACCUAAAGUCGUUUGUUACCUGACAAACUGGGCUUUUUACCGAAAAGGCGAAGGUAAAUUCGUGCCGGAACACUUGGACACGACGCUCUGCACGCACGCGGUCUACGCGUUCGCCAGUUUGGACCCGGAGACGCUCCUCGUGAAGGAGUUCGAUCCGUGGGCGGAUCUCGACAAUAAUCUCUACGACAGGGUCACCUCCAUCAGGGAUACGGAAGUGCUGCUGAGCUUGGGCGGAUGGACGGAUUCGUCGGGUGAUAAAUACUCGAGGCUGGUGAGCGACGGAUCAUCGAGAAGGAAGUUCGUAGUCGGUGCGGUCGGAUUUCUGAGGAAACACAAGUUUAGAGGUCUGCACCUUGAUUGGAAUUACCCGGUUUGUUGGCAGAGCGAUUGCAAGAAGGGUCCAUCCAUGGAUAAAGCGAACUUCGCCAAGCUGGUGCAAGAGUUGAAACGGGAAUUCGACAAGCAGAGUCCUCCUCUUAUCCUGGCAGCAGCAAUCUCCGGGUACAAAGAGGUCAUCGAUGUGGCCUACGAUUUACCAGCGCUCGGUCGUUCCCUGGACUUCAUGUCGGUGAUGACGUACGAUUACCACGGCAGCUGGGAACGAAAAACCGGUCACGUCAGUCCGCUCUUCGAGAAACCCGGAGAUCGCUAUCCACAAUACAACACCAAAUACACAAUGGAUUACCUGGUGAAAAUGGGAGCUCCGAAGGAGAAGCUGAUCGUCGGGAUUCCGUUCUACGGGCAAACAUUCACCUUGACGAAAAAGCAGGAUGGAAAUCCGGGCAUUGGAACGCCGAGCUUAGGACCAGGUGAACCCGGCGAAUACACCAAGCAACCAGGGAUGUUGGCCUACCACGAAAUCUGCAACAGAGUAAAAAAUCAGAGAUGGUCAACUGCCAGAGAUAGCGGAAAAACGUCAGGACCUUACGCGUAUUCCGGAGAUCAGUGGGUCGGCUACGACGAUCCCGAAUCCGUCCUCGAGAAAGCCAAGUUCAUCAGGGUGUCGGGAUACGGUGGCGCCGUCGCCUGGACCGUCGAUUUGGACGACUUCGGCAACCGCUGCUGUCGGGGCCCGUUCCCGCUCCUCAGGAGCAUCAACAAAGGACUUGGACUGAUCGCCGAAGGUGCCGGCACGGAUAACUGCAAGAAACCGCUGGAACCGGUCACGCCGGCCCCGCCUGUCCUCACCACAGGCAUCGACAGCGGCGCGUCCUCCUCAUCCACCACCGAAUCGUCAUGGGACAAACCAUCCAAGAAACCUACGAAGAUUACGACGACGACGACCACCACCACUAGAACAACUUGGUGGUCGGACACGACCAAGAAACCGACCACUUCCAAACCGGUGACGUCCAAACCGACGCAGCAAUGGACGCAAUCCUCCUGGUGGCCAACAUCUUCGACGAAGAAGCCGGUAACAUCGACUGUUCCUCCGCCUGCUGUCGUAAUGCCAGAAGUGGAACCGAGCCAGGAAGAGCCGAAGAAAUGCGACGGUGGCGAGUACACUUCCGAUCCAAGGAACUGCAACGCCUACUACAGAUGCAUCUUGGGAGAGAUGCGGAAAGAGUAUUGCGCCGGAGGUCUUCAUUGGAACAACGAGAGGAAAAUAUGCGACUGGCCGAGCAGCGCCAACUGCAAACGAAAGACUGAAACCACGCCAACCAAGAGGCCAAAACCGACGACAAAGAAACCGGUGACAAAGAGACCAACUACGACGACGAUGAGGCCUACGUCGAUGAGCGGCAGUCAUCUGGAGACUUGCGUCACUGGCCAGUACUAUCCGCACGAGCAAUGCAACAGCUUCUACGUGUGCGUCAACGAUCAGCUGGUGACGCAACGUUGCGCACCGGGUCUUCACUGGAACGCCGAGAGCAAGAUGUGCGACUGGGGCUACAAAGUCAAAUGCCUGAACAGAAAGAAGGUGGCACAGCUGAGCGAUAAGUACACGAAAGUCUCGAAACUUUCGAGCCUACCGUACUCACCGUGCGAAGCUGGAAGUUUCUCCGCUUACUCCGGCGAUUGCGGCCAAUAUCUGAUCUGCCUUUGGGGCAAAUACGAACCAUUCACCUGCGCCCCCGGACUGCACUGGAACAUCGAGAAAAAGAUUUGCGAUUGGCCAGGGAACGCAAAAUGCAACGACGACGAUGGUGACAUCGACGUGGAUGAUUACGAGAAGCCGUCAACAACCCGGAAACCGCCAAUUACCACCAGGAAACCUAAACCAUCUACGACAACUUUAGCUCCGGUCCCAUCUGAACCUUUACCUGCAAAAUCCGAUUACUUCAAGAUCGUCUGCUACUUCACCAACUGGGCCUGGUACAGGAAAGGUCUGGGCAAGUACGUUCCUGAGGACAUCGACGCCGACCUCUGCACACACAUCGUCUACGGUUUCGCCGUCUUGGACUACGAGAAUCUCAUCAUCAAAGCGCACGACUCUUGGGCCGACUUUGACAACAAAUUCUACGAACGCGUCGUCGCUUACCGCGAGAAGGGACUGAAGGUGACGAUCGCCAUCGGCGGUUGGAACGACUCCCAAGGAGACAAAUACUCUCGCCUGGUGAACAGUCCAUCAGCUCGCGCCCGCUUCAUCAAGAACGUCAUCGAAUUCAUCGAGAAGCACAACUUCGACGGUCUGGAUUUGGACUGGGAGUACCCGAAAUGCUGGCAGGUGGAUUGCAAGAAAGGACCUGAUUCGGAUAAACGCGCUUUCGGCGAGUUCGUGAAGGAGCUGAGCGCCGCCUUCAAGCCGAAAGGAUUACUGCUAUCUGCUGCAGUGACUCCCAGUAAAACGGUGAUCGAUGCAGGAUACGACGUACCAGCGGUUGCAGCGAGCCUCGAUUGGGUGGCCGUCAUGACCUACGACUUCCACGGACAAUGGGACAAGCAGACCGGUCACGUGGCGCCUCUCUACGAACAUCCCGACGAUGAAGUCACCUUCUACAACUCCAACUAUUCCAUCAACUACUGGAUUUCGGAAGGAGUGCCGAGAAGGAAGAUCGUCAUGGGAAUGCCGCUUUACGGUCAAUCGUUCCGGCUGGAAAAUGCGAAUAAUUACGGAUUGAACGCGAAGGCUCCGGGACCUGGAGGUGCCGGUGAAUUUACGAGGGCUGCCGGUUUCCUGGCGUACUACGAGAUUUGCGAUCGCGUGAAGAACGGAGGAUGGAAGGUGGUGCAGGACGCGAAACGUCGCAUGGGUCCGUACGCGCACAAGGGCAACGAAUGGGUCUCGUACGAUGACAAGGAGAUGAUCAGGAUCAAGUCGGAGUACAUCAGGCAGAUGGAUUUGGGCGGAGGUAUGAUCUGGGCACUCGAUUUGGACGACUUCCGCGGAAGGUGCGGCGAGGGUAGACAUCCGCUGCUGACGACCAUCAGAAAGGUGUUGGCGAAAGACGGAACCGGACAGCAGGAUGUGCCGCAGAUCGAGAAGGACGAGACCGUGACGCCAAUGAAGUUGGAGACGACGACAUCGAUGAAACUGGAGACGACGACCUCGAAGCUCGCUGUGGUGACGGCUCCGUCGAAGGGCACGCAAUCUGAUGACUACAAAGUGGUCUGUUACUUUACGAACUGGGCCUGGUAUCGGCAAGGAAACGGAAAGUACUUACCAUCGGACAUCGAUCCAGAUCUCUGCACGCACAUCGUUUACGGCUUCGCCGUGCUGAAUCCGCAGACGUACAUCAUCAAGCCGCACGACACUUGGGCCGACUUUGACAACAAGUUCUACGAGAAGGUCACCGAAUACAGGGCGAAGGGCAUCAAGGUUCUGAUCGCCAUCGGCGGAUGGAACGAUUCGGCCGGUGAUAAAUACUCGAAGCUGGUGAACGAUCGUGCGCUGAGAGCGAAAUUCAUCAGCCACGUCGUCGAGUUCAUCGAGAAGCACAACUUUGACGGUCUCGACCUGGAUUGGGAGUAUCCGGUAUGCUGGCAGGUGGAUUGCAACAAGGGACCGGCAAGCGAUAAGGAGGCAUUCGCUCAAUUCGCGCAAGAACUGAGCGACGUCUUCAAGCCCAAGAACCUGCUGCUCUCGGCCGCAGUUUCGCCCAGCAGGAAUGUCGUGAAUCACGGCUACGAUGUGCCAGCCCUUUCCAAGUACCUGGACUGGAUCGCGGUCAUGUGCUACGAUUACCACGGUCAAUGGGACAAGAUCACCGGACACGUAGCGCCCAUGUACGCUCACCCCGAAGAUGUCGACGUCACCUUCAACACGAACUUUACCAUUCAUUAUUGGAUCGAGAAAGGCGCUGAUCGCAAGAAGCUGGUGUUAGGUAUGCCUAUGUACGGACAAAGCUUCUCGCUGGCGGAGACGUCGGAUAACGGUUUGAAUGCACCGACCUACGGAGGAGGAGAGGCUGGUGAUCAGACGAGAGCGCGCGGAUUCCUCGCCUACUACGAGAUCUGUCAGAAUAUCAAGAACAAGGGAUGGAAUGUUAUCAAAGACCCGAAGAAUCGUAUAGGACCGUACGCUUACCUGAAGGAUCAGUGGGUCUCGUACGAUGAUCGCGAGAUGAUCGAACUGAAGUCACAGUACGUCAAGGACAUGGGAUUGGGAGGUGGCAUGAUCUGGGCCCUCGAUCUGGACGAUUUCCGUAACCUGUGCGGAUGCGGAGAGUAUCCACUGCUGAAGACGAUCAAUCACGUGCUGCGCGGCUAUCCUGAGUCGGGAUCGUGCGAAUUGGCUCCGCCGCAGUCGACAAAACCGCCCAAGAAACCGACGAAGAAGCCAUCAAAACCAUCGACCACCACCACACAGCAGCCGCAACAGAUACAGCAGCAGCACCCAGCGACUGUGACAGAGGAGCAGAAACCGUGCGGCGGUGCCGGCAUCUUCCAGGCCCACGAAUCCGAAUGCAAUGCCUAUUACCUCUGCAACCACGAGCACCUCGAGCUGCAACGUUGUCCUCUGGGACUGUACUGGUCGGAGGAUCACUGCGACUGGCCCGAGAACUCCAAGUGUCAGCGAUCGCUGGAGCUCUCCUACAGAUCAUACCUGAAGGAGUACUCCGACGCGAAUCCGAUCUUCCGCGGUUUCCAUCUCAACCUGUGAUCACGAACUGAAACAAAUUAAAGAAACAUUAGAUAUUUUCCUCUUCUUCCUAAAGUUUCCGAGAGACCUCUCCGA